AAAAAAACCUGCUAUACAAUCAUCAAUUCUUAUAUAAAUUUGCCUACACAAUAAUAAUUUGGAAAAAGGAGAAAUUCAUUGUAUUGUAUUAGGCUUAGUUUGUGUUCAAUAUCAUCAACAGUACAAAUUAUCCGUUUAUUUGAUUGGCUAUGAGUCACUUGAAAACUAUUGGCCAGCAUGGAAUAAAGUGAAGGUCAUUUGAAAAUUGGACCAGAUUUUGGCGAAAUGUGUUGUUAUUACCCGUCCUGAUUUGUAUUCUGUCACGUUGUACUUCAGAAAAAGGAUGGAAUUAUGAAGUACCAUGACAACAGUGAAAGUUAUAACAACGACACCAACACCAACACCAACAACGACAAGAGGAGUAGCCAUUCAAGAUUAAUAUUUUUUUUAAACAAAGAACCAAUUUCAAAUAACUUGAAAUCCAGUAGUAAGUGAAUACAUUCAUUCAAACAAAUUGAGUCAUGAGCUGUGCCCAGAUUACAAUUCAAGAGUAUAUUUUAACAAAACCCUACACAUCAAUGAAUAAUUAUUCUACAGAUGAUUCAUCAGACUCACAAGUUAUCCCGGCUCAAAGUGACGAUGGUGGUUGUGGUGGUGUUGAUGGUGUUGAAGGUAAUGCGUCAGAAAACGUGAUAGAAGAAGAACAAGAAUCAUGGAAAAUGUCCCCAUUACUACAAAAAGAAGAAAUUGAAUCAGAAACUGAUGUGAACCCGAUAAAUAACGAUUACAAGGUUGACCAAUCUCAAUGUAAACAAUCACCAUCUGAAUACCAGUUGAAUAAACCUGAAGUACUAAUGACAAAGGAAAAUAUGCAUCAAACUGAUUCUGACCUUUGCGGUAAAGGAUUUGACGACACAAAUAACAGAGGUCCUUUUGUUUCAAUCUCCCUAGCUGAUUAUCUAGACAAAUUAACUAAACAAUCAGAAAAUCCUGGGAAAAAAUUUCACAAAUUAUUACCCCGGGAAGUUAUCAGUCAUUUUCAAGCGCCAAAAAUGAAUUAUUCAUUGGACAAUAAAUCUCAUCUGUCGACAUCUUCAGUAUCAUCGUUAUCAACACAACAAUUUGAUUUAAACAACAAUAACAAAGAUAAUAAUGAUGAUUCGAUCGAUGAACAGUUGGACAAUAAUCAAGAUGAUAACAAUAACAACAGUAAUAAAACAGUUAAUAAAAACAAUCAUUCCAAGGCAUCAGUCUCAAUGGAUUAUUUUAAUUAUUUAAAAAAGAGACGUGUAUUUCUAAUUGACAGACUGUUAAGUCGAUACAGUGAAUUAAUCAAGUUACUGAACGAAGAAUUAGAGUUAACUGGACGUCCACCGACAAAUUAUCUACAGUAUACACAUGCCUAUUAUGAAGUACAAGAAGCCUUCAAACGAAUACACGCAAAUGAAUCAACAAACAGUUCUAACAAUGUUAAUAGUAAUGCUUAUAAAACUGAUGAUUCAAGUCUGCAUAUAACUGAUAAGGAUCAGUUAUCAAAAUGCCUAAAUACAAUUCACGUUCGCGGUAGCCGACUUCAAGAGACUGGAUUCAUGCUGUCACCAAGAGUAAUUCGUAAAGCAAAUGAUUUAGUCAAUCAAAAUCGUGAACAAGUAGCGCGGAAAUGUGACGGUUAUUCAAAUCAAAUUAUGAACAACUCAAAGACUCUUAAUUACUCUACAAAAGAAUAUUCCCAGGAAACGCUGAAUUCAACACGAUCGGCUAAAAAGUUACAAAACGAAAACUGCAUUAUGCAAAAAUUCAAUAAAUCUCUUCCACUGACGUUUAAACCACGAUUUAAAAGUAAUUUACUACAAUUCAAUAAUGAAUUAUGCACAUCUGCUUCUAGUCCAUCUCUGUGUGAUUCAGGUGUACUCCUGCGUCAAACAACAAAUCAAUCGACAACGAAACCAACAACAACAACAACACAACCUCAACCCCUACCACCACCAGCAGCGGCAGCAGCUUCAGUAACACAAACAGUUACAUCACUGUCAUCAUCAUCUCCAUUGUCUUCACUUUCUACAGGCUUGUUAAAUUCUAGUCAGUCGAUGAAUCUAGAUAAUCCUACAUCUAUAACCAAUGAAAUAGAUAUUCAAAAUUCUAAGCAGGAGACUUUCGAUAUUUACAGUUGUAAAGAUAUACAAAAGGCUAUUUCAUGGCUUGAAGUUGAAUUGAAUGCAGUUAAAAAUAUAAUGCUGGCUAACAUGAAGUGUGCAAAUGAGAAUAGACGGAAUAGAACAUCACGCAAGGCUUACAGAUUAGCUGUUAAGCGUAAUCAAGAAACAAUAAACAGUCUUCAGAGUCAAAUUCGUAGUCUACAAAUUUAUGCUGAAAAACAGGAACCCUUAUGCAGAAAUUCAAAAUAUGAAAAUGCAUCAGUGUGUAACUCUGAUGCUUCAAUGAGGCAGUCUUCCUUAAGAAUUUCAACAUCAUCUUUAUCUUCUCCUUCUUGUUCAUAUUCUCCAUCAUCUUCACUUAUGAAUAGUUUAGUUAUUGUCAAUGAACAUGUAUCGAGUGGUCAGUCAACGCCUGGAGUUCAAUCAAAAGUUUAUACAGGUGGAAAAGAAAGCGCUAAGUUUCAGCAUUCACCACCAACUGCAGCUGUUCCAGUCAAUAUCUCUAAAAAUACCUCAUCAUUAAUCCAGAGGAACUGUAUAACUCCUAAUUUUGAUAUGAAGAACAACUGUCAGACGAAUAUUCUGCAUAGCGGUAAAUCAAGAAAUUUACCAAUUACUUCAUCUCACAGUCAGCUAAAUAUUAGUACUAAAGUAAAUAAGAAUACAGAAAAAGUACCGAAAUCAUCAUCCACAUAUUUCGAGUCAAAUGAAUGCAAAGAAAUGAAUUUCGCUCGAGACAAUCCAAAUCCAGUUGAACAAACGGGUAUCUCGUCGUGUGAAACAACAACAGACAAUCAGGGAACACUAAUGAAGGAUGAUAGAAAUGAUAAUGAUGAUGGCUCGGAAAUAUAUUAUGAACACCUAAGAAACAAGGAGGAUUCCACUUCAUCAGUAUCAUCUCCAGCACCGAAAUCAAUAACCGUUGGAGAAAGAUGUCGAACGCCUAUUUCGAUUGAGCGUGAAACAGGGAAGUAUUUAUGUGAUAUCGCUACACAAACAGAAAAUAAUGGAAUAUAUCAAGAGGAGAUUUUCAAAAAUGAAUCAAGUUUACCGGGAGGUUCAAAUAAUCAUCCAUUAUUAAGAAGACAUCAACAACAACAUGUGUUACCAGAUACAUCAGACAAGACAAAAUAUAUUAAUAAUAAUAAUUAUGAACCAUUUGUAACUAGUCUAUCUAUGAAUGAGAAUAAAUAUCAACAGUUUAAACAAUUAAAUGAACAGAAAUAUAAUUUAAUGAUGCAUUUGUCAAAAUCCUCAAAGCGUCCUUCAUUAUCAUCUUCAUCAUCAUGGUCAUCAGCUAAUUCUUUGUGUUCGAUUAAUCUGGCUGGUCAUCCUAAUUCGACAGAGAAUAAUGGAUAUGUACCUAAUAUUCACAAGACUUUACACAGUUCUCUUAGUACACACAACAUUUGGAUCUCACCACAAAGAACUUUAGUUGAAGUUGAUCUACACGAUUCUAACCAUGGGACUGAUCACAGAAAUCAAUCGAAUGGUAAAAAAGAAGUACCAAUUAGUCAACACAACUGGAAUAACUAUACCAUUAAUAAAACUAAUUUAUACUAUCCACCUAGUGAAAACAAACGACAACAAUCACCUGUUUUUGUCAGUGGAACAAGUAAACCUUGCCAGUAUUACUCACCUACUCAAUGUUUUUUGAACCAAUCAACUCAAAAAGCAACUGAUUAUCCAACUAUACUUUCCCCGGGAUUAACAAAACACAAUAUAGGCUCACGUGUAAACUCCAACACCAACACAGUGACAAAAUGUCCUAUUUCUAGAGAAUUCUCGAAUCAAAGACGAUUAAGUAAUCAAUCGCCUAGAAGUAUUGAACGAACCCAAUUGAAAACUACUUUGAGUCAUUGUUAUUUUGAUACGGAAAAUACAAAUUCAAGUGAUCAUUUAUGGUAUGAACCACGUGAACCGGAGAUGACAUCUAUGAAGCCUGGAUUUCAAUAAAAAUGAAAAAAACAAAGUGCAAUUCAGAACAUCGCAUACACAUAUAUUUGUAUAUACAUAUAUGUUGUUUAUCUAUGCUCACAUAUGAUGAGGAAUUAAAGAGUUACAACUGUAUAAAACCAUAUUAUCAUGUGCAUAAUUAUGUAAUAUUAUCUAUUAUUUAUACGAUUUAACUAAUAUUUUACAGGUAUUUAAUUGACUUGUCAGCUUAUUAUUAUUAUCACUGUAAUAUUUGUAUACAUCUAUGAACAUCUUGUUCUCUAAUUGAACAUUAUUCAAGACUUCUACGCCUUCUUUAUUUCGUCGUGAUUUUUGUUUCCUUCUUAUUGAAUCUUCCAUUUUGAAGAAUACGAGACUUACUGCAGUCAAUAAAUAUCUUUUCGGCUGGUAAGAUCUUUAAAAGGCAAAUGUGAUUUCCUCUCAUGUUAUAAACAUCAAUCUUAUUCUAGUUAGCGAAAAACAACACAACACAACGGUUUGAUGUCUUCUUAAAAAUCUGUUUCUGUACAAAAUCUUCAUUUAUUUAGUCUUUGUGAUUACUUUUUUUUUUAAAACUAUCAUGAAAAUGUUCAACAAUACCUGAUUGUUGAUUUCCUUAUUAUCAACUAGAAAAUAAAAUGAAUUUUAUCAUUUUGUACAUGGUACAUUUAUAAUUACUAUUGAUUGACCAUCUUACCAAGGAAACCUGUGAUUGAUUGAUUGAUUUAUUGAUUGGUGAAGAUUACAUUAUCUAAAUAAAAAU